GAAGUGGCGAUAUAUAAGAAGCUACAAAAAUCUGAGAAAUGCCCGAACAUCGUGGAGAUGUUGGACUGGUUCGAGGAAAACAACCAGCUGAUCAUCGUUAUGGGAUUACCGAAUCCCUGCAGAAGCUUGGAGAGUUUCAUGUCUGAUCAUAAAGAAGGUCUGAAUGAAACUCUGGCACGUGAUAUCAUGCGCCAAGCAGUAACUGCAGCCGAAUUCUCCAUCGCCCGCUGUGUCUGCCAUUGCAGCUUGACAAUGAGUAACGUCCUGAUCGAUACUGAGAAGCUGCAGAUCAAAUUUAUUGGUUUUACAUGCAGCAAGCUCAUCUCAGCUCGUAAGAAACCGGACGAUAUUUACUGCGACCGAGCUCACGCGGUUGCACAUACGGUCUUAGGCCUGGGUAAAUUGCUGCGGGACUUAGUGCGUGGUCAUCACAUAAAGCUUGACGGCCUAAGAUUAUCUGAAGGUAAGAGAACAGCACUAACAAAAAAUAACUGUUAAACACAUACCAAGCCCUUCUGCACAGUCUCUG